CUUUUCCUUUCCUCUCGUUCCCUCGUUGAGCUCUCGCAGCUAGUCCUUGGUCUGCUGGGUAUCCUUUUCUUGAUAGUAUCUUCUAAAGCAUCCAGGACUGUACUAACGAUUGGUAUGCAUCAUUUCUCAAGGUAUUCAUCUAGCAAUCAUUAUAUGGUUUCCCGCUCAUGCUGCCUCAAAGCAAUGAAUCAGGCUAUUUGAAAAUGCUCUCGAUCUUCACAAGAGAUACUUCUUGGUGAAAAUGAGUUCCACAAUUUUCCGAGAUCAGUUCCCCUGGACUGGUUUCCUCGGCCGGCUCUCAUGGACGCGAAGCUUUUCCUCGUCGUCACGGCGGCACGAGAUCACAGAGCUUGAGACACUGCCGCAGCGAGUUAUACCAGGUUAUCAAGAGUCGCAAGUGGGCGAUCUUCUGUCCCUUCGAUGGCCAGCGCCGCCGCGCAACAUCCUUGUUGUGAAAAAGGAUUGUGCUCCGACAGUAACUGAGUCGCUUGUCGAAUUUGCCAAUCAUGCGACGUCUACGUAUCCUUCCACAUCGAUCAUCCUCGAACCCAAAGUUGCAAAAGAAGUUCAUGCAUCGCUGCACGCCCCUGUUUACACAACCUCUAUAGAUCGCCUCCGACCAGCAUUACACAAUAAAGUAGACCUCACCGUGACCCUGGGAGGAGACGGGACUAUACUGCAUGCUUCAUCGCUCUUUGCGACGUGCUAUAAUGUACCACCCAUGUUGUCGUUCAGCAUGGGCACGCUCGGAUUCCUCAGUGAAUGGAAAUUUUCCGAGUACAAGCGCGCAUUCCGCGAAGUUUACAUGUCUGGGGCGGGCGUGGGAGACCGCGCAACCGUGCUAGGCGAUGUGCGGCCGACCGCAGCUGAUGAAUCACUAGACCUAACCGUGGGCCCAACGGGCUGGUCAUCGGUACGGGGCAAGUCGAUGGGUUUGACGCGCGGGGCUCGGAUUCUUAUGCGCAACCGACUGAAGGUGGGGCUUUUCACAGCUGACGGACAGCCGAUUCGACAAGAAGCAUCAUCAAAUUCUUUGCCGGGGAUCUGGGAUCGGCGAGGAUUGUAUGUCAUGAAUGAAGUGCUGUUGCAUCGCGGUAAAGAACCGCAUCUGGCGGUGGUAGAUGUCUACGUGGGUGGUCGCUUUCUGACCGAGGCUGUAGCCGAUGGGAUCAUUAUCUCGACUCCAACCGGGAGCACCGCAUAUAGCCUAAGCAGUGGCGGCAGUAUUGUGCAUCCUCUUGUCCCUGCUGUGCUUUUGACGCCGAUCUGCGCCCGAAGCUUGAGCUUCCGGCCGUUGGUGCUGCCGUCAAGUACACCAAUCACUUUACGCCUGAGUGAGAAGAAUCGCGGUCGUGAGCUGGAGGUGAGCAUUGAUGGGGUAAACAUGGGCCAAGGGAUGAGGGCGGGGAUGGAAGCGCGGGUAUGGAAUGAAGAGAUGCGGCAUGGCAAGAAUGAAUGGCAGGGGGGAGUACCGUGUGUGAUGCGGAGGAUCACCGGCGGAGAGGCGCAUGAUGGCUGGGUUGGUGGUUUGAACGGAUUGCUGAAGUUCAAUCAUCCAUUUGGAGAGGAUCGCUGAUGGCGAUGCUCGGGCCCGUUCGACUUUCCAUGUAACCACAAUAACUUAUACACACCACAAUAGACUCGUAG